AGUGUAGCCCCAGCAGUGCCACCUGUCAGUGUGCAUCAGUACCUUGUGUCAGUGCCCAUCAGUGCCACAUAUCAGUGCCUACCAGUGCACAUCAAUGCCACAUAUCAGUGCCCAUUUGAGCUGCCUUUCAGUGUCACCCAUCAGUGCCAGUCAGUGCCACCUAUCAGUGCCAGUCAGUGCCACUUAACAGUGCCAUUGCCCAUCAGUGCCACCUACCAGUGCCUCCUCAUCAGUGCAGCCUAUCAGUGCCCAUCAGUGCAGCCUCAUUAGCGCACAUCAGUGAAGGAGAAAAAUCACUUAUUUACAAAAUUUUAUAA